ACUUAAUCGUCACUAGCUUCAAACUCCUAUUUAUUUCUGCAUUUGUUUCAAGUUUCCGACUAGAAAAUGUUUUUUAAAUGUUUAAAAUUCCAGUCCGACUGUCAUAUUUUAAUUAUUAGUGAUCAAAGUGAUGAAUUUGUUGAUCAAUUGAAAGAAUUGUUAACGUCAAACUUAUUCAGAGUCACUGUUGAUGUUCAAUAUCUGGCAGAUGUUGACAAUGUUGACAAAUCAAAAGAAUAUACUUCCUGCUUUGUCCUACUCUUCAAUCAAUCAACACAGACUGAUGGCUUUUCAAAGUUGUUGAAAAUUUUGAGUCCUGGGGCCAGGCUUCAGUUGAUUAGUACAGUACUGUCUAGACUAGAUGAUUUUAAAAGUUCGUUGAAACUGUCUGGCUUUGUGGACCUGAAAGCCGAUGAUACGCCAUGCAGCACGAGAUCACUCAUAAAUAAAGAUUCGAUAAAAAAUUUGGAUGUCAUACAUGUCGUAGCUGAGAAACCAAUGUACGAAGUUGGCGACAGGGUACCUAUAAAUCUCAAUGCUCAGCCAUCCUCGGAGAUAUGGAUGUUAUCGGCAGCGGAUAUGAUGGAUGACCAUGAUCUCCUGGACUCUGAUGAUAUUCUAACCGAAGAAGACCUGCUAAAACCUGAUCCCAACACUUUGAAAGGUUUGGCCGAGGAGUUGGAAGAAGAGCAGCAGUCGUCAGAGCAGCAGCCGCAGCAGCAGCAGUCAUCGAAAUCAGCUUGUGGGAAUUGCUACCUCGGUGACGCGUUCAGAUGUGCGGCUUGUCCCUACUUGGGCAUGCCUGCAUUCAAACCCGGGGAGGUUGUGCAACUGCCCUCUCAGCAGUGAUGAUGAUGGUGGUCGUGAUCAUUGUUAUGAUUAUAAUUGUGAUGAUGAUGAUGAUGAUGAUGAUGAUGAUGAUGAUGAUGAUGAUGAUGAUGAUGAUGAUGACGAUUUUGACCACUCUUUAAAUAUUUGAUGGAGUGAAUUUAUAUUUAGUAAAAAUUAAAUGUUCGUAUUUUUUGCUUGUGUUUUUUGUUGUUGUCUUAACGAGACGAAACAAUGCGAAA